CCCGAGUCCACCUUCCCGCCAGCCGGCCGCCGCCGAGGAGCUCCGCUGUCGCCUCAGCUCCGCCGCGCACCCCGCUGUGCGUCCGCGCGCAACCUGCCAGCCGCCCGCCCGGAGCCCGCCCCGCCGCCGCGCUGCACGCCCGGAGUGCGCCCUCUGCCCUCGCGGGGACAGGGGGCCCCGCCACCGUCAUGCUGCCCGCCAUCUACACCGCUCUGGCGGGGCUGCUGCUCCUGCCGCUGCUGCUGAACUUCUGCUGCCCCUACUUCUUCCAGGACAUGCGCUACUUCCUGCGGGUGGCCGGCUUGGUGCGGCGGGUGCGCGGCUACCGGCAGCGGCGGCCGGUGCGCACCAUCCUGCGGGCCUUCCAGGAGAAAGUGCGCCAAACCCCGCACAAGCCUUUCGUGCUCUUCGGUGACGAGACGUUCACCUACGCUCAGGUGGACCGGCGCAGCAACCAGGUGGCGCGGGCGCUGCACGAUCAGCUGGGCCUGCGCCAGGGAGACUGCGUGGCGAUCUUUAUGGGCAAUGAGCCGGCCUACGUGUGGCUAUGGCUGGGGCUAAUCAAGCUGGGCUGUGCCAUGGCGUGCCUCAACUACAACAUCCGCGCGAAGUCUCUGUUGCACUGCUUCCAGUGCUGCGGGGCGAAGGUGCUGCUGGCUUCCCCAGAACUACAAGAAGCUGUUGAAGAGGUGCUGCCAAGCCUGAAGAAAGAUAAUGUGUCCAUCUAUUAUAUGAGCAGAACUUCUAACACAGACGGGAUUGGCUCUUUCCUGGACAAAGUGGAUGAAAUGUCAACUGAACCCAUCCCGGAGUCAUGGAGGUCUGAAGUGACUUUUUCCACUCCUGCCUUGUACAUUUAUACUUCAGGAACCACAGGCCUCCCAAAAGCUGCAACAAUCAAUCAUUACCGCAUAUGGGUAGGAACUGGCCUCAUCAUUACAAGUGGAGUUAAAUCAGAUGAUAUCAUCUACACCACCCUGCCCUUGUACCACAGUGCUGCACUUAUGAUCGGCCUGAACGGAUGUAUCGUGACCGGUGCUACUAUUGCUUUGAGGACCAAAUUUUCAGCCAGCCAGUUCUGGGAUGACUGUAGAAAAUACAAUGUCACUGUCAUUCAGUAUAUUGGUGAACUACUUCGGUACUUAUGCAACUCACCCCAGAAACCAAACGAUCGCGAUCAUAAGGUGAGAAUGGCGCUGGGCAAUGGCUUACGAGGAGAUGUGUGGAGAGAAUUUGUCAAGAGAUUUGGGGACAUUCACAUUUAUGAGUUCUAUGCUUCCACUGAAGGCAAUAUCGGAUUUCUGAAUUACCCAAGAAAAAUUGGUGCUGUUGGAAGAGUAAACUACCUACAGCGUAAAGUCAUAACCUAUGAGCUGAUUAAAUAUGACGUGGAGAAAGAUGAACCUGUCCGUGAUGAAAAUGGAUAUUGCAUCAGAGUUCCCAGAGGUGAGGUCGGACUCCUGGUUUGCAAAAUUACACAACUUACACCAUUUAAUGGCUAUGCUGGAGGAAAGACCCAGACAGAGAAGAAAAAACUGAGAGAUGUCUUUAAGAAAGGAGACCUCUAUUUCAACAGUGGAGAUCUCUUAAUGAUUGACCAUGAAAAUUUCAUCUACUUCCAUGACAGAGUUGGAGAUACAUUCCGGUGGAAGGGGGAAAACGUGGCCACCACUGAAGUUGCCGACAUAGUGGGACUGGUUCAUUUCAUCGAGGAAGUAAACGUGUAUGGAGUGCCUGUGCCAGGUCAUGAGGGUCGAAUUGGCAUGGCCUCAAUCAAGAUGAAAGAAAACCAUGAAUUUGAUGGAAAGAAACUCUUUCAGCACGUUGUUGAUUACCUGCCUAGUUAUGCAAGGCCCCGGUUUCUCAGAAUCCAGGACGCCAUUGAGAUCACUGGGACCUUCAAACACCGCAAAGUAACCCUCAUGGAGGAGGGCUUCAACCCUGCCGUCAUCAAGGAUACCUUGUAUUUCUUGGAUGACACAGCGAAAAUGUAUGUGCCUAUGACUCAGGACAUUUAUAAUGCCAUAAGUGACAAAACUCUGAAACUCUGACUGUUUCCAAGAGGAUAAUGCCUAGUUCCAGAAAGAAAUGGAAUGGACCUAGUACAGCCAUUUGAUAUAAUUCAACUUUAAUUUAAUCGAAGAUUGUCAUGUUCAGUUAUUUUUAUUAGGAAAUUAUGCAUACCAGCAAGGGACCACUUUUUAAAUUACAGCUAGACCUGUGCAAGUGAAAAGAUUUAAAGAUAAUUAUUUUCCAAUGUGUACUUACUGUUUGUAUUUGCAAACUGAGCUUGCUGGAGGGAGGGCAUUAUUUUUUUAAAUAAAUAAAGUAGAUGAACACCAA